AAGCAACUCUUUAUUUCCUCUACGACAAAGCUCUCAAAAAACUACUUCUCCACUUGUUAAAUAUCAGUUUUUUUUUUUUUAAUACCCAUCUUAGAGGAAGUGCCAAAAUGUCACUUGAUCAUGGUUUGCUGUUGUUUCAAUCACCUUUGUUGAGCUUUGAAGCCUUUCUGUGGGCUAUUCUAUUGGUUGGAAUAGUUUCCUUGUGGCUUUCACCAGGGGGUCAUGCGUGGGCUCGUUAUAGGUCCAAGGCAAGUGUUGCCAUCCCUGGUCCACUUGGUUCCCCAGUUCUUGGGUUGCUCACCGUGUUCACCGGUGCCACCCCUCACCGAGCCCUGGCUAAACUUGCUGAAACCGUUAAAGCAGUGAAGUUGAUGGCUUUUUCCGUGGGGUUCACUCGGUUUAUCGUGUCCAGUGACCCUGAAACCGCGAGGGAUAUCCUCAACAACUCAGCUUUCGCUGAUAGGCCAGUGAAGGAGUCAGCCUAUGAGCUUUUAUUUCAUAGGGCAAUGGGGUUUGCUCCUUACGGUGAGUAUUGGAGGAACUUGAGGCGUAUCUCAGCCACCCAUUUGUUCAGUCCCAAGAGAAUCGCUGACUUUGAAGGGUUCAGACGUGAGACCGGUACCAAAAUGGUGGAAGAGGUGAAGUGUUUAAUGGAAGCAAAAGGUGAAGUUUUUAUACGAAGGCUGCUUCAUUUUGGGUCUUUGAACAAUGUGAUGACCACUGUGUUCGGUAAAAAGUACGACUUUGAGAAGCCUGGGGAAGGGUUGGAGCUAGAGGAGCUUGUUAGUGAAGGCUACGAGUUGUUGGGGAUAUUCAACUGGAGUGACCAUUUCCCUCUUCUACGCUGGCUUGAUUUGCAAGGAGUAAGGAAAAGAUGUAGGAAUUUGGUCUCAAAAGUUAAUGUGUUUGUUGGGAAGAUCAUAGAAGAACAUAAGGUGAAUAGGGUUAAUGGAGGUUUCAAUGAUGGUGACGCCAAAGUUGGGGACUUUGUUGAUGUGUUGCUUGAUUUGGAGAAACAUGAGAAACUUAGUGACUCCGAUAUGAUUGCUGUCUUAUGGGAAAUGAUCUUUAGGGGUACUGAUACUGUAGCAAUCUUGUUGGAAUGGAUCCUAGCAAGAAUGGUUUUACACCCUGAAAUCCAAGCAAAGGCUCAAGAUGAGAUUGAUGGUGUUGUUGGGAGCUCAAAGUUGGUAUCAGAUUCUGACAUUCAAAACCUGCCUUAUGUUCGAGCCAUUGUGAAGGAGACCCUUAGGGUGCAUCCACCAGGGCCACUUCUCUCAUGGGCUCGCCUAGCCAUCCAUGAAGUUCACAUAGGUGACAAUUUCAUCCCAGCAGGCACAACAGCAAUGGUGAACAUGUGGGCAAUCACUCACAGUGAAAAGGUAUGGGCUGAGCCAGAAAAGUUCAAGCCAGAGCGGUUCAUGGAAGAAGAUGUGAGCAUUAUGGGACCUGAUCUUAGAUUGGCUCCUUUUGGUUCUGGUAGGAGGGUUUGCCCAGGUAAAGCAAUGGGUUUGGCCACCGUUCAUCUCUGGUUGGCUCAGUUACUCCAAGCAUUCAAAUGGGUCCCUUGUGAGGACAAAGAUGUGGACCUGCUUGAACAUUUGAAACUCUCCAUGGAAAUGAAGAAGCCUCUGGUUUGCAAGGCAAUGCCUAGGUUUGCUUGAAAACUCCCUUGGGGGUGCAUCUAUGAAUUUACUGUUCUGUUAUUAAGCUUUUGCUAUGAUAAUUAAGUUUUAUGAAGUAGGGCUUGAAAAGAGUGAUGUGAGAUGAGGAGCAUAUUUAUCUUUUGUGAAUCUUGGUUGGGGUUGGCUUUUCUUUAUGUACUGAAAACUAUGGACAAAAUGAUGGAACAAUCUUUAUAUAUGGCAGUGUACAAAGUCUUUCAGCUAA